AUGGCUGGUGUUGGGACUUUGUACGGCACGGGGGCUAUUGUUGUUCUGUUGUUAUAUCUGGGGGACAUCCACUCCAUCACUUCCGGUCCCAGAAGGGUAGAUGCUGGAACCAGGAACAGGGAGUCUGGAUUUUCUGAUGUUGAUCCUGAGCUGUUGAUGUUAGUAUCACCAGGUAUUCAUGUCAGCCCGCCAGGUGUUGAUGCCAGUGGACCAGGUGUUGAUGGCAGUGCACCAUAUCUUGAUAUCAAUCCACCAGUUGUUGAUGGCAGUCCACCAGAUCUUGAUAUCAAUCCACCAGGUGUUGAUGUCAGUCCACCAGGUGUUGAUGUCAGUCCACCAGGUGUUGAUGUCUGUGGACAAGGUGUUGAUGUCAGUGGACCAAGUGUUGAUGUCAGUCCACCAGGUAUUGAUGUACGUCGACCAGGUGUUGAUGUCAGUCCGAAAGGUGUCAGUCGACAGGGUGUUAAUGUCAGUCCACCAGCUGGUGAUGUCAGUGGACCAGGUGUUAUUGUCAGUAGACCAGGUGUUGAUGUCAGUCGAUCGGGUGUUGAUGUCAGUCCACCAAGUGUCGAUGUCAGUGGACCAGGUGUUCAUGUCAGUAGACCAGGCGUCGAUGUCAUUCCACCAGGUGUUGAUGUCAGUCCACCAGGUGUUGAUGUCAGUCCACUGGCUGUUGAUGUCAGUCCGCCAGUGGUUGAUGUCAGUCCAACAGGUGUUGAUGUCAGUCCACCAGGUGUUGAUCAGUGGACCAGGUGUUGA